ACUUGAUAACCGGGCCAAUAUUAAUUAGAGGGAAAUAACUCCAAUUUACCGACGUCACACUUGCCUAACACAUGGCAAUCCUGUUAUGAAAUCCUUUCAUAAAUAUAUUGUUGAUUUUGACCAUAAUUUAUAAUAUAGGAGUGAUUGACAGUUUCCAAAAUGCAGGCUCUAUCAGAGGAUGUCUUGACAUCAACAAACACUAUUUUGUGUUGUUUAUGUAGUGCACAGAUUGAACCCAACCCUUCUAAUAUGUGUGUUGCUUGUUUAACAACACAAGUUGAUAUUACAGAAGGAAUACCCAAACAAGGUGUUCUUUAUUUCUGUAGAGGUUGUGAAAGAUAUUUACAACCACCGUCAACAUGGAUUACAGCUCACCUUGAAUCUAGAGAACUUCUUAGUUUAUGUUUGAAGAAACUUAAGGGUCUUGCAAAGGUAAAUUUAGUGGAUGCUGGUUUUAUUUGGACAGAACCCCAUUCUCAAAGAAUUAAAGUUAAGCUCAGUGUUCAAAAAGAGGUAGUAAAUGGUGCUAUAUUACAACAAGUAUUUGUAGUAGAGUUUACUAUUAAUGGCCAGUUCUGUGAAGAUUGUCAUCGUGUAGAAGCUAAAGAUUUCUGGAGAGCUUUAGUUCAAGUCAGACAAAAGACUGAUCAUAAGAAGACGUUUUAUUACCUAGAACAGCUGAUAUUAAAACAUCGAGCUCAUACUAAAACUAACAACAUUAAAAAUACUGAUGGUGGUUUAAACUUUUAUUAUGUUAAUCGUGAUGAUGCCAGAAAAAUGACAGAUUUUCUCACGUCACAUGUUCCUUCCAGGUAUCAGAUGUCUAAACAGUUAAUAUCACAUGAUAUACAUAGUAAUAAAUAUCAGUAUAAAUUUACUUUCUCCGUUGAAAUUAUUCCUGUUUGUAAGGAUGAUGUUGUAUGUUUACCUAAGAAAUUAGCAACAAGUAAAGGAAAUAUAAACCCACUGUGUAUCUGUUAUAGUGUAUCACAGUUAAUACAUGUUAUAGAUCCUUUUACGUUACAGAUUGCAGAUAUUUCUGGUACCAACUACUGGCACGAUCAGUUUCAGAGUUUAACAACACCUAAAUCAUUAGCAGAAUUCAUGAUCAUGCAGAUUGAAAUAGUUGCUGAUAAAGAUAAACCCCAUGUAGAACCCAUUUCUAAAAAGCAUGUAUUGGCUGAUGUUUGGGUAGCUAGAAUGUCUGAUCUUUCUUCUAAUGAUCAACAAUAUUAUACACGAACACAUCUAGGACAUUUAUUAAAUGAAGGCGAUACAGUUCUAGGGUUUGAUUUUAAUAACGCCAACAUCAAUAAUCAACAAUUUGAAAAAAUUAAACAAGACAGAGUACCUGAUGUGGUUAUAGUAAAGAAAGUUUAUGAUAGAUCAGCUCGAAACAAGAAGAGAAAGUGGAAAUUAAAAAGAAUGGCUGAGGGAAUUGAAACAGCUAGUGAAGAAAGAGAUUAUACAGCUUUCUUAGAAGAUUUAGAAGAAGAUCAAGAUUAUAGACAGAAUGUUAAUAUAUAUGUUGAUCGUAAUAAGUUGGCCGUGGAUACAGAUGAUACUGAUGAUGAGGGAGUACCUCAGAUCAGCCUACAGGAAAUGUUAGAUGAUCUACGUAUUAGUGAAGAUGCUACAGGAGAUGAGGGUGCUGCUAUGAUGGAAUAGCCAGCGUCUCCAACCUACCUCAGAUUAUUCUUAACCCUAUUGUUGUCCUAUGACUGACAAAUUGAACUGUACCUUGAGACAUUUUUAAUGGCAAAUAACAUUUAGUGGAUUGAAUUAGGUUUCCUAGACUCCAAAAUUAAAAUUAUCAUUAAGCAGUCCAAAGAAAUACCAAGACUGGUAAUUAAUCACUUUUAUUUCAUGGAGUUUGUUUAUAGCAGUUCUCUCUUUAUAGAAAUUCUUUCUAAUUUCCAUGGCAAUUUCUGUUGACUUGCUUUCCUAGAAUCAAAGAAAAGUGUUUGAAUAUUCAUGACUUUGAAACAGAAGAAUCAGACCAGAAUAUAUAUUGAGUUAUCUCUCCAGUUGUAUUUUUAGAUAUCUUAUUUCUUUUGAUUUUUCUUAAAGAAAAGACAUACAAAUUGAUAAUAUGUAACAGUGCUGAUAAAAAUAUAUAUAUUAUGGUAUUCGCAUUUAUAUGUAUUAUUACAUAUAGACGAUACUGUACAUUUACAAUCAUGUGUGACGUACUGUCAAUAUUGAAAUAAAAUUGUAUGAAUGUACACGGUCAAUUAACUCCAAGAAGACUACGGUAGUGUGGUUUAUUUCUAAUAGAGAACUAAUUUUUAAAAUCUCAUCAACACUUGAUUUCAUUUGAUUUAAUUUGUGGUACGAAAAUCUGUUUUCAUUCAGUUAAAGCUAGUGUAGUAUUGAGAUAUAAUUCAUUGCGUGUUUCAUUAAUGAAACUAGAAUUAGUAAACAAACCAAUGUCUACUUACUCUUCUAAAACAAAAUUUUAUUUGCAUAGAACUUGUCCCAUAACACUUCAGAUCUAAAUAUCUUAUCUUGACAUUAGUCAUGAGGGUUAACCCCUUUAACUCAAUAUCCACUUAAUGACAUAAAUUAACCUGACAAAUAAGCAUGUGAAUAUUCUGUAUUAUAAAUAUAGUCAAUGAAAUAGAUUUUUUUUUAAAAUUCUAGUGCUGAUAUUUAUUUUACAUACUUGUAUGUAUAAAUAUUCAUGUUGAAAAAAAAUAUUUGU